GUUUCAAAAUCGAGAAAAUGGACAGUGGCGACUUUUCUCCAAUGCAAAGCAAUUUUUCAUUAGGAUUCAUGUCGUUUGAAGACAUCCCUGAAGACGCGCGAACCACAGAAAUGAUAGACAAAAUAGUUUUUGAGGAGGAUAAGGAGUACGAUCAUACUCAAGAUAGUUUUCGAUACGGACGAGUCACUACCGGCGUCUCGUACAACUUGGUGACUGGAAAAAUCCCGAAGACCGUGUUCGAACAGGUGAAAGCCAAAGACGACGAGAAUGAUAACGUGGAAUUCGAAAUGGAGCACUUGGAAGAUAAAGAGACAGCUCACAAGACACAGACAUUCGAUGAGCUUUAUGAAAGCCAGAUGCCGAAAUAUUUCGAUUAUCAGAGCAAUUUCUCCGAUGUCAACGGGAUUUGGACACUACUUUUCGACCAAAAUCACUAUGAAAAGAUGUCGACAUUUGAGUUACAAGCGGCAAUUUGUGCAGCUUUGAACUCUAAACAUUUUAUGAUGAUUUGUGUAGGAAUCGAUGCAUUUAAUGCUGUAACUGGAGUUGAGAUGUCUGCGAAGGAUCGAGUUGUGUUUAGAAUGGCUCUGACGAGAGCUGUUGCUGGAGAAUUUCAGCCACCAUUGGUUAAAGUUGCUCCGAAGCAGCUCACCGGAGUUUCUCCAAUGAAACGUGACAUUUCAGAAGUCACUUCAUCAAUCGAUGUUCUAUUUGUUCCUGUGAUUGGUGUGACUGAUGAGGUCGAAAAUAAUCGAUUUUUGAUUGUUGUGAGAGUUAAAGAAAUCUCGGAUAAAGUCUAUCAAAUUUCAUCGGGAAGAAUUUACAAUGAGCAGGAAGGACGUGUAGUCGAAAUGUCGGAUAUGAAUGAGGCUUUCCAUAAAUUGAUUGUUGAAAAAUCAAUUUCUGAUAUUCAAACCAGACGCGGAAGCAUGUUUAUGUUGGAACCUGAACCGUUUCUCGAGGAUUCGGCGGUUAUAUUUACGGAAUCAAAUGAGAUUCCUAGUGAAAAUCAUGAAAUUUCUAGAGUUCAUGUGAAAAACUGCACUGAAAGAUCUCUCUCCCAAUCGCUUCUCAAUCUUCUCGACAUCCAGAACAUCGGCUGGAUCUUCUUCGGCACCGCUCUCUCCUUCUGUAUUUAUAAUAACGCCAUCAAACCUCUUGUUAAAUAGACAAUCUGUAUCAUUUUUCGUUUUGUUUUCUUCUUUUUUUCUGUGAGUAUAAAUAUUACUAUUAGUUGUUUCGAUUAUUCUUAAUUUUUUUAAAUAAAUAAUUUU